CUUUUUUCCUUUUUUCCUCGCGCGGGAAACGCCCGUCGUCACAGGCACAUCCCACCGCUGGCCUGUGCCAUUGUGGCCCAACCAUCCACAGCACAGCACAGCACAGCACAGCGCAGCGUUCGAAACCCGUCCUGGAACAACGCGCACAGACAUGGCCGCCGUUUCCUGGGGACGGACAGCCCUCAAUCUGGAAACGGGCAGCCCCCAGUCUGGAGGCAGGACAACACGCGCAAUCCUCACACGCAUCUACACGCUCCGACCGAUCUCAUCCUCCAUCUCAUUCCAUACUCCUUCCCUUUCCUUUCCGUAUAGAUAUCCCACUUUGCAUCAUAUUCCCGCUCUUUCUCUUCCUUCUCAUCCUCGGGAAUGUCUAUGCCAAAAGAAAAACCUAGUGCAUUCCGCGACAGUCUCGUAUCACUUCCCCCCAAAACAUCAUUUCAUAGCAUUAUCUCUCUCUCUCUCUCUUUCGAGAGUUUCAAGAAAGAAUAAUCCGUGCCCUGCAUGGGCCAAGCACAUCCUAGCAGCCUAUUUUACCGAAAUUUCUCAUUUCCCGAUCGAUCUUCAAAGAACUCAAUGUACACCACACCACACCACAGCGUUUUGCAACAUGAGGCAUGGUCGUGGUCUCCCCCGACUAUCUUGCAUAAUCCCCCCUGCAGACAUCCUUGGUCCUCUUGAAUAAUAAUAAACCCAGUG